GAUUCGGACUCGUCUGUUCGCCGGGCGGUGGUUUAUACGAUGGGAGAACUGGCUAAGAACGGUGUGUACAUUCCAAGGAGCGGUCGAACACACCUGACAUGUAGUAUCAGCCGAUCUGGUUGGUCGGAUUGGGAAUGCGAUUCCCCAGCUCAUCCAGCGGUUGGACGAUUCGGACUCGUCUGUUCGCCGGGCAGUGCAGAUUUUGAUAUCAAUGGGAACGUGAUUUCUCAGCUCAUCCGACAGUUGGAUGAUUCGGACUCAGAAAUCUAUGCUGCAACCAUAAAUUCAUUGACAACCCUCAUUACUAUUGGUUGGUCCUACUCACCGUCAGCAAGACUUCCCAAGUUCGCGCCGCUGCAGCUAAGGUUCUUUCCAUCGGGCUACCUCUUGGUUAGUCAUAUACAUGAUAAUGCCGCACCAAUCCAAUUGGUAUCUGUUCUGGGGCGUCUUAUUCAUGAUCGGGACCACCGCGUCGUUGAGCCAGCUACAAGCAUUUUCAUUUAUCUCGCCAAUACUGGUCUGAUAUCCGAGUUAAUAGUUCCAGUCAUUCAAGAGACUGUACUCGCUUUGACCAGCCGGGAUCCCAGUGAACGAAACCGUGGUGCCUAUAUUUCUCUCGAGCUGUUGAAGCAUG